AUGAGGGCGUUUUUGUUGUUUUCAUCGGUGCUUUUCAUUAGGUUCGUGCACUCGGUGGAGACUUCCAAGAAUGACGGCUUUGAGGAGAUGUUCAGAGUUCGCGAUACUACACUUGACCUUUCGGACCCGGACGAGACCAUUUUCAACAAAGUAGAGGAUCCAUUCGAUGGCGUUGGCUUCAUUUCAUACGCACCGGUCAAAGGAACAGUCAUGAAGUCGGUCAGGGACGGCUUCCGUGGAAUCUGGAAUGCUCAGGAUAAUCAGCUCUGCUCGGACGCCAAAGUCUACAAGAAGGACGGAACGAUGCUCCUAAGCCUCUACGUGAGGACGGGAAACCUCUCAAAGCUGAAUCACUAUAGGAGAGUGGAUGGAGAAUGGAACGGACUGAAUGAUGAAGAGUUUAACAAAGUCAUAGAGGAACUCAGGGACGUCCCAGAAAAACCAUCUGGAGACGAAAAUAUCGUAGUCACACUUCAUAAGAGAAGAGGAGAGAAGCCAAGGUUUAAGGCUUGCAAAAAUGGGCUCGAUUGGGUGGAUAUAAGUAAAGAAGAGUUCCAUCAAAAAGUCAAAGAGGCAGAAAGCGCUCCGGUAGAUCUCGUUCCUUCUGGCGCAACACUUUAUCUCGAUAACACAGACACUGUUCUCUUUGACCUCUCAAAGGGAUUUUAUAAGGGAAUCGUCUGUAAGGACUAUACCCCCAAAGUUGGUGUCUAUGCAGUCAAGGUGGUUGACGGUCAGGAACAGGUAUGGGCAGCUGAAAAACGGGGUGAAUACUGCGUGAAUGGAUCUGGACUCGCCAAGGGUGAGCAUAGACUCUUGUAUCUACGUCUCUACAAGGAGGUAAAGUAUGUGCAAAGGUACUUUGAGAAACUGGAUGGAGCAUGGAGCGAAGUCAACGAGGAUGGAUUUAACAAGAGCUACAAGGAGAUGAAGAAUAGACCUGUAGCCUACGAACUAGAACUUACCAAUGCGGAUCCUGAAAGGGUAAGCGUUGUAGAGAGGGAAGAAGAUGGAACAAUGUAUCGUGAAUUCACCCCAAAGAAGAACGCGGAUAUCGUUUCUGUUCUAGAUCACAGGAAUGUUAUAUGGGUAAAUCAUGCGGGAACCAAAUGCACAGCAGUGGUACACUCUUCAAAGGGAAAAUCGGCCCUGUUACUCGUACGUCUUGAUGAUGGCAGUGGCGGUACCCUUGAGGACUACCUUGACAAGAAGCCAGGUCUUGGAUGGGUCUCCGUACCAGAAGAGGAAUAUUAUUCAAGAUACCAGAGCAUGAAAACCGAGGUUGCCGAAGUCGAAGACCCUGAAGAUCUCUCUGAAAAUGUACAGGAUCUCCCUCAUCCCGAUGGAUACACUCUCAACCUCGCCCAUGUAAUUCUCUCCGAGUUCACCGUAACUAAACCUGAUGCAAAUACUCUAGUCUACCGUACAUUGGGUACAGAACCCCUACUCUCGGUAGUUGAUGGCAAGGUAGAAAUAUGGACUGCCUCCGGGAAUGAAAAAUGUCUUUCUGUCCACCUCCAUUCAAAGGGUGAAUUGUUGCUACUUGCACUCGCUUUUGAUCGCCAAAACUCUGGAAAAUAUUUUAAAAAGGAAGGUGACGAAUGGAACUCAAUCGGGGAUGCCGAAUUCGUCACGAGCCUCCUAAGCUAA